AUGUCUUAUCGAUUAACAAUAUUGUUGUGUCUCGCAUUAUACAGUUCAGACAUCCAGGGAAAGAAGCUGAGAAUCUACGGUGGCGAAGAUGUAACGAUACAAGAUUAUCCGUAUUCUGCAGCUUUGGCAAAAAUUAGUAACGAAUACUUUUUUUGCGGUGGUAGUAUCAUAAGUAAUUGGCAUAUUCUUACGGCUGCGCACUGCAUCGAACAAUAUCAAUAUUUCGAAAUUAAGGUUUACGUGGGAAGCACUAGAUUAGCAAUAACAGCGGAAUCGGGUUACCGGCUUCAGCGAUGUAUUCGAUUCAAUCAAUUUAGAAAUAAAAUUGAUCUUCCAAGUUCAAAUUUUAUAAACUAUAGUAUUGGUAUACUAACUGGCUGGGGAAGAACUGAUACCCACGAGGGCGAUCAUUCUGAAAUACUUCAGAAAGCUACAAUGAAACUUUAUAGCGUACCCGAGUGUAAUCAAGUUCUUCCAUUCCUUCUUCAUGACGAACAAUUAUGUGCAUUUAAUAGAGUUGGAGUUGGUGCAUGCAUCGGUGAUAGCGGUUCACCAUUGGUUGUUAAUCAAGAAGUUGUUGGUAUUACUUCUCUCUUACGCCCUUGUGCCACAGGAGUGCCCGAUGUAUUUACCAACGUUUAUAAAUAUUUAAAUUUUAUUACACGAGAAAUGUAUGAUAUGAAUUCAGUCGUUUGUACUUAAUGGUUGAUAAACA